AUGAAAGACCCAGUGCCACACAAGAAGGGUGAAGGGGCUUUCUUGAUAGUCUCUGAUUUCAUCUCUGGUGAUUACGGCUGGCUUCGCUCUCCAGAUGGCAAGAAAUCUGCACAGGUUCUUUUCAGAGCAGGAAAAGACAAAGACGGCUACUUCACUCACGAGAACAUCAUCAAGCAGGUCACACAUGCAAUGAAAAUCCUACAAAAGCACAACUCCUGUGAUCAACAUAUCUUUGUCUUUGAUAAUGCAACCACUCACCGCAAACAUGCCAACAAUGCCCUCUUUGCAACACACAUGUCAAUGAGUCCCACAAAGAAGAGAAAUCGUAUCUGGAGCAUCAAUGUUUCUGACAUCAAUGAAGCGACAGGCAGAGUGAAACUCAGCCCAAGAGGGAAGCAACUGAAAAAGCACGUGCACAUAGCUGACAGGAGGUUUGCGGACGGAACUCCACAGUCUCUCUACUUCCCAAGAGUCAUCCGCGGGCUGGGGUCUUCAAAGGCAUGGUUGAGAUCUUGA